CCAACACUACUGCAAUAUCCUACAAGUAAAUAAGAGAAUGGACUCAGUUUCCCAUAUGGCUCUGCGGCUGGUAACCUUCGACUUCCGCUCCAGUGAAAACAAGCCGAUCAGCUGAUCUGACCUGGCAACAACAUUCACCCGAAUCUACCGGGGAGGGGAAUCAUUUUACAAGCUGGUGGGGGAAAAACAGUUAUCUUGACAUCAGCAGUCUUAUUAAUUUGUGAUUAUCAAAGGGACGUUGUCGUGUGCGAGUUUUCAGGGAGUUCAGCAGCUUGUUUGAUGUAAAUUGCGGUGUGAUUCUGGCUCGAAAUCAGCUUGUUUUGUUCGGUCAAAGCUGGGUUGACCAAUGUGUUGUUGGGUGAACAUACUUUAAGGACAGUCUGUACGAUACUAAACAAUUAUUAAUUCCGCCGCAUUUGUCAUUUCUAACCCCCUAGUUUUUGUGGUCUUUGAAAUUGGAGGUGUUUUUACAGACACGUAUGCUAAGCUUAGCUAGCUUGAGUAACAAAGCCCAGGACGAUAACAACAUCCGAAUGUAACGUUAGCGGUUUUAGCGUUUAACGUUACGUCUGCAAAAUAAAUACAUGUCGAUUAUGGUUGCUUGUAGUUUGUAAGUUUAGACUGCUUGAUCACUUUAAAACCAACCAGAAGUCUGACUUAGUGCCAGUGUUAUACGAAUUAUCUAUUUAUAGUUCAUAUUGAAUAUUUGAUUUUAAGCCAGUGUCAUAAUUUGACACCACAUCUCGAAUUCCAAUGAAAUUCAAGGUAAACGAGUAAGAUAUUGUUUAAGAGCUCAAAUGCAUCAUAUUUGAGUCUAGAUUUCAUUUUUCUUGUUGAUUGUACAUUAAGGUUGGUUUCUACUGUAGUUAGUGAAACUUUGAGGAAUAUCUAGUCAGUAUAUUUACUGAAGGAUUUUAGUACUUUAAAGUCGGUCGUUUCCGUUCGGUUCGCUACCUCGCUGUUAUAUUUAGACGGAUAAUGAGCAGUCAGGGCUCGUCGGUGGAGAAGGGGGUUAACGGCGUCCUGGUUUGUCAGGAGAGUUAUGCCUGCGGUGGCUCCGACGAGGCCACAUUCGAGUGCGACGAAUGCGGCAGCCUGCAGUGCGUCCGCUGCGAGCUGGAGCUCCACCGUCAGGAGCGCAUGAGGAACCACGACAGGAUCCGAAUCUCACCUGGACACGUACCCUACUGCGAUUCAUGUAAAGGGGACGGGGGCGUUCCGAACGGGGAUCGCCUGAGAGCAGUGGUCCGCUGCCAGGGAUGUAAAAUCAACCUGUGUUUGGACUGUCAGAAGCGGACUCACAGCGGGGUCAGUAAAAGAAAGCACCCUCUCAUCGUCUACCCUCCCCCGAAACCCGCGGAGAAGAACUGCAGCACUGGGGAUGAACUGCUGGAUGCGUUAAAGGCUAAACUGGAGCAAGUCACUAGCUUUCUUCUAGUGGAUGAAGAAGAUAUGCAAGUGAAGGAUGAGGAGGAGUUUGUGAGGAAAUUAGCCUGCAGGCCCGAUGAGCUCUUGAAGGUGGUGUCCAUUUUCGGCAACACUGGAGAAGGCAAAUCCCACACCCUCAAUCACACUUUCUUUUUGGGUCGUGAAGUUUUCAAGACAUCUCCAACCCAGGAAUCCUGCACCGUUGGGGUGUGGGCAGCACUGGACCCUGUCCAUAGUGUGGUGGUUGUUGACACGGAGGGACUCCUGGGGGCAGGAACUAACCAAGGACAGCGAACCCGCCUCCUCCUGAAGGUGCUUGCGGUCUCUGAUCUGGUCAUCUAUCGGACACAUGCCGACCGGUUACAUGAUGAUCUUUUCAAGUUUCUUGGAGAUGCAUCAGAUGCGUAUCUAAAACAUUUCACAAAGGAGCUGAAAGCCACAACUGCACGCUGUGGUUUGGAUGUGCCCCUUUCGACUUUGGGUCCCGCUGUUAUAAUCUUCCAUGAGACAGUCCACACCAAGUUAUUAGGCUCAGACAAGCCAUCAGAAUCGGCCGAGCGGCUUCUUCAGGAACGUUUCAGAAAGCUUGGCCUCUUUCCAGAAGCUUUCAGCUCUAUUCAGUACCGAGGCACUCGAACCCACAACCCCCCGACUGACUUUAGCGGUCUGCUGCGCAGCGUGGAGCAGCAGUUAGACAACAACACUACACGAUCGCCACGCUCUGCCGGUGUCAUCUAUAAAGCCUUGCAGGCUUUGAGCGAGUGCUUCAGUGGAGAGAUUCCUGAUGAGCAUCUGGCAAGCAACUCUUUUUUUCCAGAUGAAUACUUUACCUGCUCCAGCAUCUGCCUCAGCUGUGGCUCAGGCUGUAAAAACAGCAUGAAUCACCUACGAGAGGGUGUGGGGCAUGAGGCCAAACACCGCUGCCGCUAUUCAGUCCACUAUGAUAAUCGCAUCUAUACCUGCAAGGCUUGUUAUGAGAGUGGCAAAGAGGUGAUUGUGGUUCCAAAGACGACAGCAUCCUCUGACUCACCCUGGUUUGGCUUGGCCAUAUACGCCUGGUCCGGAUAUGUGAUCGAGUGUCCAAACUGUUCUGUGAUCUAUAGAAGUAGGCAGUACUGGUAUGGGAACCAGGACCCUGUUGACACAGUGGUUCGGACUGAGAUCCAGCAUGUCUGGCCAGGGUCUGAUGGAUUCCUGAAGGACAAUAACAACGCUGCGCAGAGGCUGCUGGAUGGUGUGAACUAUAUGGCUCAGUCUGUUUCAGAGCUAAGCGUCAAGCCUGCCAAAGCCGUCACUGCCUGGUUAACAGACCAGAUUGCCCCAGCUUACUGGAAGCCCAAUUCUCUCAUUAUUAGAUGUAAAAACUGUGGAGUGGAAUUCCAAGAUAAUGAUACAAAGCACCACUGUCGGGCUUGUGGAGAUGGUUUCUGUAAUGGUUGCUCCUCUAAGACACGGCCAGUCCCUGAGAGAGGUUGGGGCCUGGCGCCUGUGCGAGUCUGUGAUGCCUGCUUUCAAAACAGAGGAAUCCCAGAAGAACUACUGGAUGCAGCGCUGGAAGAGGAGCAAGGUGGGACUCUGAUCGCCAGGAAGAUGGGAGAAGCUGUUCAGAACACAUUAGGAGCGGUAGUCACUGCUAUAGACAUCCCUCUUGGUCUGGUAAAAGAUGCCGCCCGUCCAGCAUACUGGGUCCCUGACCAAGACAUCCGUUGCUGCAACCAGUGCCAGCGUGAGUUUAAUGCCCAUCUCUCUAUUCAUCACUGCCGUGCAUGUGGAGAAGGAGUAUGUAACGACUGCUCCCCUGAUCGCCGGGCGGUGCCCUCCAGGGGCUGGGACCAUCCUGUGCGGGUGUGCAUCACCUGCAACCAAAAAUCUGGAGAGCUCUAGCAGAACCGAACACCACUCUAUAUUAUAAGACACCCCUGUUAUGUGGCCACAGCGCUUCAGGACGGGUUGGGAGGGAUAAAACGCACUGCUCUUGAACUAAUGAAUGAUUGUUCGAGAGGAACAUCCCGCUUUUUGUCCCAACACUUCACAUCAUGCUUCUCAGCUCUACAUAAGCUGUUCACAGUUAUAUAUAUUUAAUGGCCUAUGUAUUUUCUUCUUUUAAAGGUAAAAAACCGCAAGAAAAUAAAUCUGUCAAACCAUCCA